CGCAAAUCAUACUAGACAACACGUUCUCCUCCAUUUCUUAGUCUUGUCCCUCAGUUGACCUGAGUCUUUGUCAAACAACAAAUUAAAUUCAUCUCAAGCUAAGCAAACAACCAAACAUGCAAACACAUCUAAGAUUCCAUCAUCUAAAUAUAUAUACCAUCUAUUUUUAUACAUGUUAAGCACGUAUGUACACAACAACUUAAUUAGUAUACUGCUUUUUUUUUCGAAUUAACGAUGAUUAACGUUAAACUCUCCAAACCGAGCCGCUCCGACAACAUCUCCCGCCGUUUACAUCAUUUGUUUAUGUCGAUCGUAUGUGUUACAUCUCUUUGUUUCGUUUCCACUCUAUGUCUCCAAAGCAGCUUCUCUUUCACUAAUGUCCCGUUUCUCUUAUUCGCAACCCCUUCAAUAUCGAUCAACGGUUCUUUGAAUAAUAGUAAUAAUAAUAAUAAUAAUCAGACGAUAUUUGGGGGGCUCAUGCACAAUAUGAGCGACGGAGAGCUACUUUUGAGGGCGUCGAGGGUUGUUAAAAUCAUGCCACGUGUCGUUCAAGAUGUACCAUAUUGUAAUAGUAGAGUGGCUUUCAUGUUUUUGACACCGGGGCCGUUGCCCCUCGCCCCAUUUUGGGAAAUGUUCUUCAAAGGCUACGAAGGAAUGUAUAGCGUAUAUGUACAUCCACAUCCUUCUUACGAUGAUUUUCACGUGCCUCGGGAUUCUGCUUUCUAUGGACGAAGAAUACCUAGCCAGGUUUGUUUAUUAACUACUAGCUCAUUCAAUGAUAUUUACUUGAUUAUUGCUAGCAUUUCGAGUUCCCGUCAACCUUUUCUGAGGCCGGUCUACAAAAAACACGCCCCUCAUCUAUCCACAAUUACCGAAAACACUAGUAGAAAUUUUGCUUAUUACUACGAAUUUGUUUGCUACGGUGAAAAACCGUAA